UGAUUAUUUGGCUAGUGAACUACCCUCUGCAAAUUCUAACCAACUUCUUGCCUAAAACCAUGCAAACCCAAAACUACAAUCUUACUCUUUUCAAUAGUUUGACCAUUUCAAAACCUAACGCAUUGAUCACAUCCCACGUGGUCUUUUGAUCUCAUUACUAAUUUUUCUCAAGAGUACUGUACCAUUGUUCGUUUCUAUUUGCUGCCCAUCUUGGAGUUUUGAAGCUGGAAUGGCUAAAGAGGAGAAGAUCAAAGAGGAGAAAGUUGAUGCAGUGACUACUGCAGUUUACAAAGUUAACCUGCAUUGCCGGCAAUGCGCUCGGGAGAUCCAGAAGCCUCUCUUGAGAGCCCAGGGGAUUCACAAAGUGGAUGCCGACAUCGAGGCUGGUGAAAUUAGGGUUAAAGGUGUGAUCCAUACAAAGAAAAUUCAAGAAAGAAUCGAGAAACUGAGUAAGAAAAAGGUUGAGAUAGUGUCACCACAGGCCAAGAUCAAGGACAGUGUUGCAACAGAAAAGACAGUGAAGGUUAACACCAAAGAAAUUGUGCGUACAACUACGAUAAAGGUUCAUAUGCACUGUGAGAAAUGUGAGCAUGACCUUCGAAGGAAGCUACUAAGGCGUACAGAUAUUUACGGUGUUAAAACCGACAUGAAAGCGCAGAAACUUACAGUUGAAGGGACUGUCGAGUCUGAUAAAUUAAUAGGAUACAUCAGAAAGAAGGUGCACAAACAUGCAGAGAUUAUAGCCCCAAAACCUGAGAAAAAGGAAGAAAAGAAGGAAGAUGUCAAAGUAGAACAAAUAUCCAUCACAACAACACAGACGGUAGAAUUCAUGGAAGACAAGAGCACCAAGGUGGAUAAUGUUCCAUACUUUAUUCAUUGUGCCUAUGAUCCUGAGUUGUUUAGUGAUGAAAAUCCAAAUGCUUGUUGCAUAUUGUAAAAUGUUAUAGGGGACCUUAUUUGAGGGUACAUGCUAGCUUCUUCCACUCAAUUUCUUAAUUUUUAAUUAGCAAAAUUAUGUAAUAAAUGAUAUUCUACCAUACCAUGAAGUAAUUUUCCAAUAAGUUGUGACUUUAUGCAA